AUGUCUACCAUCAUGAUUCAGGAAGACGAAGAAUUCAUUCCACAUGAUGCUGUCUCUCUCUUUACUAACACACCCAUUGACGACGCACUUAAAAUCAUUCGGAAACGCUUAGAAUUAGACAGAUCCUGGCGCAAAAACACAAACCUUCAGAUUCAGGAUAUCAUGGAUUUGCUGGAGUUUGUGCUCACAACAACAUAUUUUAGUUUCCGGAACAGCAUCUACCAACAACGCUUCGGCACUGCCAUGGGUAGUCCAGUGUCUCCCAUCGUUGCCAAUUUGUUCAUUGAACAUCUGGAGCAAGAAGCAAUAGCCACUGCCCCCAUAGAAUGCAAGCCUAGCUUAUGGAAACGUUAUGUUGACGACAUACUUGAGAUAAUCAGGAAGGGGUCACAGAAAGAUUUCACCACACAUAUCAACACUAUAGAUGCCACUAACAACAUCAAAUUUACAUGUGAGGAAGAAAUCAAUGGCACAAUGACCUUCCUAGACACCACUGGUAAAGAAAGAAGACGGAACCGCGAAGGUAUUGGUCUAUAG